ACGAAGGGAGGAUAAUUCGAGGGUAAGAAAAUCAAGUAAAUCGCAAAUUUGGAAUAUUGAAAAAAUUUCUAUUAAUAAUAAUCGCUUUAAAAUCAUAAUCAAGUUCUAUAGUUUAAGAAUAUUACGAGUAGCUGGCUACGAGCAGCUGGCAUUUAACGAAUCGCAUGAUUGAACGAAUCGAUGCAUAAAUCUAAAAAUAUCCAAGGAAAAAGCGACGAGGAAAGAUUUUUAUCAUUCAGACACUGACAAAGAGUUACGAUGAAAAAGUCCGAAUUGUCAUAUGGAAAAUUUCAUUUUCGUAAUGUGUAACGUGCAAAUUUAUUUCAUUACAUUAACAUUAAGAUAAUUAGAAUUUAAAUUGGAAAUCUGAGCAUAAGCUUACGCACCUUAUUUAAUUUAAUCUGUUUAUGGAUGAAAACGGGGGUGAUAGUCGAUACAGAAUACAGUGUACAAUGCUGCUUGUUUUGGCAAACGGAGUAACCCUUCAAAAAGUCGAACACAUCCGAAGUCUUAACGGACAUUUCCGAAAAAGAGCCGCCAUCAUUUCUCAUUAUAGAUGUUCGGCUUCGUAUGACUGUAUAAUUUAUCCGCAAUUUACGUUUAUGGUUUCCAAAGUAUCGUUUGAUUAUUUACUCAGUGAUAAAAACAGUACGUUAUUUUAUUCAUCGGAAGUGUAAAUAAGUAUAAAUAAUAAUGAGCGAUUUAUUUGAUAUUGCAAAUUUAAUAACAACUGUGGGGGUGGACGCGGUGAAGAUAAAACCAGAGCCUGGACUUCCACAAAAAUCUUCGAAUGAAAUUCUCACCGAACUCUUUAGCACAUUUAAUGUUCCUCAUGGCAUUGAUGACGAUGACGACGAUGAGGAUGAUGAUGAUGAAGUAGAUUCAGACUCCGAUACGAGCAAUGUUAAUAGCGAAAAAAGGGAUAAAUCGACGAAGAAGAACCAGUCACCACCAGUAAAAAAACUAGAUGUAAAUAUAAAAACAGAAAAGGUAGAUGAGAAAAAAGAAUCUGGAUUAGUUUCUAAAAAAAAGAAAGUCAAGAAGAAGUGCAAACAUAAAAAUGAAAGUAAAGAUAAAGAAAAAAAGCACAAGCACAAGAAAAAAUUGAAGCAUAAUUCUUCAGAAAGUGCCAGUGACCACGAGAAUGGAGGGUCAAAGAAGAAAAAGAAGAGAAAGAAAUCAAAACGCAAAUACGAUUCGGAUGAUAAAAGUUCGGAUGUUGACGAACCAAUUUCAAAGAUUAAAAAAUUAAAUAAGAUUAAUAAAGAGAAAUCGAAAGAUCAUACUAAAUCAAAUGAAAAAGAAAAAAAAGAAGAAAGUGAAAUUCCUAAGGUAAAGGAAACUAGUCCGCCUCGUCCAUCUUUAUCCAUACCUAAAAUAUUAGGCGAUGAUGCAGAAGCGCCUGAAGUACCAAAAUUAAUUGAAAAGGUUAAAAAUCCUGUACCGUGUAAGAUUCUCAUAAAAGACUUGAAGAAUAGCGAAGUGUAUAAUAACGCCAUAAAAGAAGUGGAAAACAAAAAGAAAGAAAAAGCUGAGCGAAUGGAAGACGGUGAGUUAUCGGAUAGCGGCGAAGACGAAACAACCGAGGCCGAUACGAACCGAACACCGACCCUCAGUCCGACACCUCCACUUGAUCGAUCCUCCACCGUUGGCGUACGCCCGGAUCGCAGUAAAUACUCAACCAGCCCCUCGGCUUCGAAAUACACCACAAAAAAAAGCGAUCUCAGGCACGUACUUAAAGAGAAGGAGAAAAAAAAGCAUAGAGGAAGUAGCAAAUCUAGAUCCAAGAGUGAUAGAAAAGACAGCAAAGUGGAUCGUCAUAAAAGUAAGGAUCGAAAUCAUGGUAGAAGUCGGAGCUGUCGUUCACGAGACAGAAGAACUCGAAGUCGAAGUGGUGAUAAAAGUAGACAUGGUAGAGGUAGGAGUAGAGAACGACGGGAUAGCAGACGGGACGGUAUCAGUGACAAGGAUAGGUACUCAAAGGAUAACAAUGACAGAUACAGGAGUCGUAGCGAAGAUAGAGAUAGGAAUAAAUGGAGAGGACGUAGCAGGAGCAGAGAAAGAAAAGAACGUAUAGAGAUAGAUAAGAAAAAACUCUUGGAAAUUGCUAGGCGAAAUGCAAUAAAUAUGAUAAUGAAAGGAAAAUUGCCAUUAGCUCAGCAAGAUAAAGCUAUCGCUGCAAUUCAAGCUGGUGGAAAAACUAUUGAUGAACUAACAGACUUCUGUAAAUCUUUAUCGAAAUCUGAAGCCAUGGGAGAAUUAUCAAGUAUAUCAUCGGGUGAUGAAAGUAGCUCGGAGAAAGGUUUUCAUCAUCCGUUUCUUAUUAAAGAACGACCGAGUUCUAUAAUCAUGAACAUUCGAGAUGCUAAACAGUUACCAACUAAAACUUUAUUGGAAAAGACAACGGAAGCUACAAAUCAGUUACGAUUACAAUUUCCCGUAUCUAGUGGUCAACAGCACAGAAAAACUGAAAGUGAAUGGAUUCCAGUAACACCAAAGCCAAAUCGAAGUACAAAACCAGAACCAAAAAAAUUAUUUAUUCCUGCUAAAGAAGUUUUCCAUACCAUUCAACAACCUGUCUUAGUUCCACCGCUUCAAUCUAUAGAAUCUGUUUCUCAAAUAAUUUCUGCCGAUAUUCCAAUUAUGCAAUCUAUUCCGAUAGCUCAGUCAGUUCAGCAACAAUCUAUCUUUCCUACAAUUUCUAACGAACAUGUUGAUAUUAGUACAAUAGUGUCACAAAGGUUAGCAGCUAUGAGAAAAUUAUCAGAAAAUCCAAAUGACAUUCAGGCUCUUAAUGAAAUGUACAAAGCACAAAAUGGGAUGAAAUCGUGGAUAGAAAGUAAACAAGUCCCAGGACAGUUUACUGGUAGCACUGGGGCAAAGGUACUUUCGCCAGCAGAAUUAAAUUCGGGACAACAAGCUUGGGCUCGAAAGGAUCAGUUAUUAACGGCACAGCCAGUCUCAGGGGGUAUGGGAAUGGCAUUACUACAAAAAAUGGGUUGGAAGCCCGGGGAGGGUUUAGGAAAAAAUAAAGAGGGUACUUUGGAGCCAUUGCAAUUGGAGGUAAAAUUGGACAAAAGAGGUUUAAUUUCUGAUCAAGAUAUUAUAGUAUCGAAAAUUGGAAAAGCACCUAAAGUACCUGCACCUAUAACCAAAACCUUGGAAGGUAAACAUCCAGUUUCACUUUUGGGAGAAUAUUGCUCAAAAUGUAAAUAUGGGGCACCAGUGUAUGAAUUAUGUUUCGAGUGUGGUCCAGAUCAUAAGAAAAAUUUUCUUUUCAAAGUGAAAGUUAAUGGUAUUGAAUAUAAACCAGCCAUCGCAAGUCCAAAUAAAAAAUUAGCCAAAGCCGAAGCUGCUCAAGUCUGUUUACAAACUAUAGGUCUUUUACCAUCUAAUUGAAAUAGCCAAGUUUUUUUUUAUAAAAAAAAAUUCAAUAUUUACGAAUAUUAAGUUAUAAAAUAGAUAUAAUA